AGCCAGCGUAGUUCUACACAGACUGCUCAGCCAAGAUCAUGGAAAACAUGGAAGUAUUUGACUCACCAGGAAAGGGACGUGGUUUAAGGGCAACAAAGGAAGCAUGGGCAGGGGAUGUAAUGUUUGCAGAACCUUGCUUUGCUGCUGUUGUUUUUGACAGUUAUGCGGCCCACGUGUGUCACAGCUGCUUCUCUCGACAACAAAAGCUUCAGCGCUGUGGCCAGUGUCGAUUUGCACAGUACUGCGACCGUACAUGUCAGCGAGCAGCCUGGGAAGAGCACAAACAGGAGUGUGCUGCCAUUAAAAGCUAUGGCAAAGUGCCCAAUGAAAAUAUCCGUCUUUCCGCCCGUAUUAUGUGGCAUCUCAAUAAGGAGGGAGGUGUGAUCUCAGACAUGCAGCUCACUACGCUGGAUGACCUGGAGGACCACAUCACAGACAUGCCCGAGGACGACCUGAAAGACCUUAAAGUGGAUCUUCACAACUUUUUGGACUUCUGGCCCAGAACCAGCAAACAGCACACAGUGGAGAGAAUCUCGCACAUCUUUGGAUUGAUUAACUGUAAUGGCUUCAUGAUGAGCGAUCAGAGAGGUCUGCAGGCGGUGGGAGUUGGUUUGUUCCCCAACCUUUGUCUGGUCAACCAUGACUGCUGGCCAAACUGUACAGUGAUCCUCAACAGUGGCAGUCAUUCGGCCGUCAAUACUUUGUACCAUACUCAAAAGAGAAUUGAGCUCCGUGCCCUGGGUAAGAUCAACGAGGGCGAGGAAUUGACGGUGUCAUACGUGGACUACUUGAAUGUUUCCGAGGAUCGCAAACACAUACUGAAGCAGCAGUACUAUUUCGACUGCACAUGUGAACACUGCACCAACAAAACCAAAGAUGAUCUAAAGCUGGCUGGUGCAGAAGUGGAUGGAGUUAAGGUGCCAGAGGAAAAGGUAAAGGAGAUAACAGAAUACAGUCGGGAGAUGCUGCAGAAAAUGGAAAAGGCUCGUAUAGACACUAACUACAAUGAGGUGGUAAAGAUCAGCCGAGACUGUCUGGGGAAGCAGGAAAACGUCCUGGCUGAUACCCACAUCUUCCAGCUGAAAAUGUGGAGCACGCUCAGUGAGGUCCUUUCCUACCUGCAGUUCUUUGAGGAGGCAGCCAUGUAUGCAUGGAAGAUGGUGGACGGAUACAUGAAACUGUACCAUCCUAACAAUGCUCAGCUAGGCAUGGCUGUAAUGAGGUCGGGUGUGACCCACUGGCAGGCAGGAGACAUAGAAGUGGCUCAUGGCAUGAUUUGCAAAGCGUAUGCCAUACUUAUGGUCACCCAUGGACCUAUUCAUCCCAUCACCAAGGAUCUAGAGGCUAUGCGCAUGCAGACAGAGAUGGAGCUGCGUAUGUUCAAGCAGAAUGAGUACGUUUACCACUCUAUGCGUGAGGCGGCAUUGCAGAACAAGCCCAUGCAGAUGAUGGGAGAACCAAUCCAGGAGGGCAUCAAGAACCUGUUCCGCAAGAAGUGACCUAACACAGCUUAAACCUUAUCACUUAUCCACACUAAAAUUCUUACAUGAUCUCCUUAUAUGGACGUCAUCACUGUGAAUACAGAGACCUAGGCCAGCUGUCAGUGCAACCGACACUAUUUUAAGCUACUUGAAAUGCUAUUCUUAUUUUGAUAACCUAAGAAAGGCAUAGUGUUGUUUUUAGGGCACACAAUAUACUUUGAUUUGAGUAUUUAAGCAUUUUGAAUUGUGUACUUUUGUAAAUAAAGAUUCAUUACAAAAUACA